AUGCCUCGCUUCAGCGACGAAUGGGUCAUUGACCGCGUUCUAUUUGAUUACGUUUCGGGAGGAUCUUGUGCGUGCUGUGGUUUCGCCCACUUUCUACCGAACGGAACGGUUGAUCUCAUCAACGCCAUGUCAGAUCUCGACACGGAUCAGGCCAACGCCGAGAAAGCAGCACUGGUACAUCACCCGUGGCCUACCGAUCUUCGUGACCAAGUAUGGGCGGAUCGCGUCCGAUUGCGUCAAAAGCUCAAACGCGAAAUGAAGGCCUACCGAGAGUUUUGGGAUGAGCACGCCGACGCGUUUCGAAGCUGGUGCCGAACACAAAAGCUUAAAAGAAUGCUUCAACUACCGCGCAGCGAAAUAAUGGAAACACUGCGUCAAAAAUACAAUAUACAUUCGGCUUAUGGAGUUGUCCUCUGCGCCACAUUAGAACAAGUUGCACAUUUUUCGUUGACUGGGUACCCGACUGACGGAAGGGGAGAUGCCGAAUCUACUUUCGAGGAUUCUUUGAUUUUCAAUCGACGGGGAGGAUUAACUCUGAAAGACUUUUCGAGCCACGAUGAGCAUCUUUGUCCAGAUGUAAUACGGGUCCUAUGUGAUCGAAUUGGAUCAUUGGGGGGUCCUAAAUUACUCGAACGUGCUCCUGCUAGCACGGAGAAGAGAGACGGUGAUGAUGAAGAUGAUGCAGAUGCUAUAAGUAACGUCGGCUCCAAGAUCAGUUUUCAAUCUGAUCGACGAAUUGUUCGGCUUAUUGUUGCCAGGUAUUGGGCCGACCUCCUGCAAGCCCGUUUUCUGACAGUCAAUAAAUCAGAGCCUCAAUCCUACUAG